AUGUUCCGAAAUAUUAUUCGUGGAAGUUCUCUGAUAUUUCCUAGAAGUUGCACUUCUAGAUCUUUUUCUAGUUCAUCAAUUGUUUAUAACAAGGACAACCAAGAAGACGAUGACUACAGAAAAAAAUUGAUACAAGAUAAUGAAGGUGAUGACUACUGGUCAAAAGAACCUGAAAUGGAGCAUCCAAUUGGAAGAGCAACACGAGUAAUGGGUAAACAACUUCGUGAUAUAAAAGGAAAAUUAUUAUUUUGGAAAGAACCAAAGCCUCCAGAAUGGGACGAAUGGGAAAUAGACUCGACAGGAUUCCCGACCCACAUAGAAGUUCUUAUUAUUGGUGGUGGUGUCAUGGGGAUGUGUACAGCAUACUGGAUGCAAAAAUACGGUGGAAAAGGUUUUCAAGUCGUCGUAAUGGAAGAUGAACCACUUGAAAGUUAUACAUCUCCAAUGCUCAUGACGAGCAGUGUCAUAACUCAACAGUUUGCGCUGGAAGAAAACAUCGAGUUGUCAAUGUACGGAACGCACUUUCUUAGAGACGUUGACAAAUUCUUAGGAUUCGACAAAGAAGAGCCAUUAGACAUAGAGUUUAGACCCCAUGGUAACUUGAUCCUAGCCAAAGAAGAAGAUGCUGAGAGACUUGUUCAAAAUGUCAAGCUCCAAAAUUCUUUCGGUGCUUCUACAUCUAUUUAUACUCCAACACAGUUACAGCGAAUGUUCCCUUGGCUCAAUACCGAAGGAAUCGCUCUCGGGUCUAUGGGAGACGAACAAGAAGGAUCUUUUAAUCCUUACGCGUUUCUUAAAGCUCUGAGACGCAAAACUAAGGCAAUGGGUGUUGAAUAUGUUACGGCUGAAGCCAAAGCAUUCAUUUUUAGUAACAUUCAAAAUUUCUCUGCUGUUUCACCUUCCACUAGUGAUUUGUACAGCAAACUAAAUCAUGUUAUAGUAAAAACAGAAGCUGGAGAAAAAAAAGUCAUGCAAUUUGCUGUGUGUGUAGUUGCUGCUGGAGCUAAAAGCGGACAUCUCGCUAAUCUUAUGAAAAUUGGACGUACUUGUGGUGUACGUUCUGUUCCAUUACCUGUAAUUCCAAGACAAAGACAUCUGUGUUAUUUUGAAGCCCCAGAUGGACCAAAUCUCAAUUGUCCGGUACUAAACGAUCCAUCGGGAGUAUUUUUCCGCCGUGAAAACUUGUCAAAUCUCUACAUGGCGAGUAAAAUUCCUGUAAACGAGCAAGUAGACCCUUCAGCUGUGAACGUGGAUGAAAAGAAUCUACCUGUUGAUGAAGAAUACUUUCACAGAGAAAUUUUACCUUCGCUCGUGAAGCGAGUGCCGGCGUUUAAAAAUACCAAGCUGAUUUCUAUCAAAACUGGGUUGUAUGACUACAAUUACUUCGACGAGAACGGAGUAGUUGGCCAGCAUCCUCUUUACACGAACGUUAUGUUUGCUACAGGCUUUGGAGAGUCAAGCUUUGUACUUGCACCAGGAAUCGGUCGUGGACUUGCAGAGUACAUGAGAAAUACAAAUUUCAAGACGAUCGACCAGUUUAGAUUGGCCUUCGACCGGUUCAUCACGCAAGAACAUAUGAGAGCUAGAGUUGUGUAA